AUGGGGCGUCAGCAGCAGGCAGUCUUCAUGGACAGGCGGGAUGGGGCCACCCAGGGAGGGUGUGUAGAUGGACAGAGGAAAGAGAAGCUGCCAGGGACCACACCCCGGGCCCUCGGAAGCUUCGAGUCGGGGGAGGAGGAGCUGGCAGAGGGAUUGAGGUUUCCGGGGCAGCGGCGGCCGGGGGAGUCAUGGAGCAAGCUUGCUUCCUUCCGUUUCGGGCCUGAGUUCGCCGCCCUCCCCUCAUGCCUGGCUGCGGUUUUCCGCCGCGCUCCUGGGUCCACAGCGCUUUUCUUCCGCGGACUCGGCUCCACCUCUCAAGUCAGAAUUGCUGUCGGGACGCCGGAUAUCAACCUGACUUGUGCUCUUUGGUGCUCCCCACCCCCACCUGGACUCCUGGGUCCCGGGGCUGGCAUCUCCACUCUGCCCUCGGUGCGUAUUUCCCGAUCUCAUCUCGCCACAGUUUCUGCCUCUGUGAUGCUUUCUCAGCCCUACAAGCUGCCCGUGGGCUCAGCCGCACCCAUCCGGCUACUUGUCCUCUCUGUGGUCUGA